AUGAUUAAUUUGCUCUCAAAGAAGUUGGAUAACAAGCAAAGGAAGGCUAGGGAUAAAGAAGAUGAUAGAGUUGAAGUUGACUUGAGACAAUCAGAAGGAGAAGAACAUAGUGAUGAUGAAGAUGGAAAUUCAGUUGUGCUGAAGAAGGUGACAGGCAAAGGUGCCUCUUCAGGUGGUCCUAUUGAUAGGUUCUGUAAACUAACACUAGAAGAAAUAGUGGCUGCAAGGAAGGGCAAACGUGUUGUUGCUGAUAAGGUUCAAUCUAAGAUAUCAACUGAAAAAAGGGAACAGAAAAGGGACAGAGCAUUCAUACUUCCAAGCUUUGAUCUUAUGCUUGAGGCUAACUUUGGUAGGAACUUGAGAGGGCCAAGUCCAUAUGAGAUGAGUGGGAAAUUCUUACAGAAAAGGAAGAAGAAAGUGUUGGAGUCAUUGAAGUCACACCAGGAGUCUUGGGAGCUAAAUGGAUGCACAGUUAUGACAUAUGCUUGGACAAACAAGAAAGCCGUGAAGAAAGAUGGCAAAUACAUUUUUAAAUUGGUUGAUAGAUGUAUUGAAGACAUAGGGGUGCAGAAUAGUUUUGACCUGAUGAGGAAGUUUCUUUCUAGAGAUUUGGUGAGGUGUGGUAUUGCUAGGUUUGCUACAGCUUAUCUCAACUUGAAGAGCUUGCUAGAUAACAAGAAGCAAUUGCAGAGGCUUUUUAGGGAAAAUGAGCUCAAUGAACUAGGCUAUCUGAACAAAGUCAAAGGGAAGAAAGCAAACAAGAUUGUGAGGUCUGGAACUUUUUGGAAAGGAGUUGAGUCUGCCGCCAAUUACUAUGAGACUGUUAUGUUCGGUAAAGUCUAUAGACGCCGUAGUGGCUAG